GGAUGCUGCUCUUUGCCAGGGGGAUUGCAGGGACAGGACUGCACUUUGUGUGUGUAGGCACCUCCACCGGUUCCGUCCUCGUCUUUGACGUCCCGUCCAAAGGCACCAACAUCACACUGAGCGAAGUCCUGGAGCAGCACAGCAGCCCCAUCACAGACAUCAGCGCAGAGCUCUGUAAACAGCCGGAGGGAGCUGCGGAUCUGGUGACUGCAGACGACUGUGGGGCACUGUGUGUUUGGGGCUCUGGAGAGACCUUCAGGCUGAUCACCAAAAUCCCGGCUUCUGACUGCACCUGCUCCUCCGUGAAGCUGUGGAAUGGGAUCAUCGCGGCCGGCUAUGGGAAUGGGGAAAUUCGCCUGUAUGAAGCGGCACAUGGGACCCUGAGAGCCAGGGUCAGCGCUCACGCCCGCUGGAUCUAUGCCCUGGACCUGGCCCCACUCUCCGGGAAGCUGCUGUCUGCCGCCGAGGACUCCUUCGUGCGGGUCUGGGGACUGAGCCACAACGUGGAGACAGACUGCCUGGAGAUCGAGCAUUGCCAUACGGAGUGUGUGACCGACACCCAGAUUUGUGGCGCCCGCUUCUGCAACCCAGAGGGCACGGCCUUCGCCGUCACAGGCUUCGAGCUGACCGAGAUCAUUCUGUACCACCAGGUGUAGCCCUUCGGGGGGCAGGUAGUCGCUAGAAGCAGAGGAAGGACUUCGCUUGGCCAGAGCAGGGCAGGAAGGCACACGAAGGCAGCCCCUGCCUCACCACCCCCGUGCCUGAAAAUGCCCCCCCCCCCAAGGCUCUUUUGACCCAAGCAGGCUUCCCCUGGGGCUCCUGGCACACGCGGGGCCAGGGCGCCUCCUUUGGCCCCAUAGCUCAGGUGUCCCCCCUGCCAGGGAGAGCCCCACCUGCAGGGAGGGCUGGUGCCGCCUUCUCAUUGGCUCGUCUCCUGGCAGCCGAGGGGCAGCUGGGCCCCUCCUGGCGUCCCCCUCCCCUGCCGAGCUCCAGCAUAGCUUGGUUGCUGUUUCAGCCUUUCAGAGCAAGCAGCUAAAUUGUCUAUUUUCCUGAUGAAUAAAACCCAGUUACGUUUGGCUGACAAGAUA